AUCACAGAUUGAGCUUCCUUUACCUAUUGCAUAUUUUGGGAUCUCUUCUUCGGUUUUAGUUUAGGGUUUCUAUUCUUUUUUGCUGAUUGUUUCUUUGUUGCCAUUCAUCUCCUGCUUCUGAUUGCUUGAACUACAGUUCGAUUUUCCUCUGUUUAUCCUUGAAUACGACUGUAAAUAGGGAUUUAGUUCUAUUCCAGUUCUUUUUGGGCGUCUCUUUUACUUCUGGCCUAACAAGGGAGGAUCCAGAAGCGAGAGAAGAAGUGAAACAAGGGAAGAAGAACAUGUUAAUAAUGGCGGUCUUGUUUAGUUAUCUUCUCCAUGUUUUCUCGGUUAUUCUCUCCCCUAUCUGCGGAGACAACAUGUAUUCUUCCCAAAAUUUUCGUAUUUUCUCGUUUUUUGUGUUGGUAUGGUGUACUUUCGGUUUCUGAUGUGAAUUCGAAGUUGAGGACUCGCUUUUCUUCGCACCUACGGGGAUUAAAAGAGGAAAAAGUUGGAGAAAAGCGAAAGUUGAUCGUCCCCUUUUCGGCCGCUUGCCUUCCUGCUUUCCAUCCCCACCACAGCACCACUCCGUUUAUGGGAUCUGGAUUCUGAGGACUAGUUGGGAAUGAGAAGCUUUUUCAUCACAGAGAGAGAGAGAGAGACGUAGUGGUACUGGUCUAAUGGUUGAUGGGAAAGUCCUAUAAAGUUGCGGAAGAUCUUUUCCGGACUUACUUUCCCCGGGAAAAUAUCACCCAGGACAACCUGUUUCAGACCAGUGUGUGUGAAUAUGACCUGGGAGGAGAAGGAGAUCUCUUUAAAGCUCCAGAACCCAUCAUUGAAGAACCUAUAAUACGCCUUGAUCCCAUGUCAGCUGCCAUUUCGAUGAUUUCUUGUGGGGAAGAUAUCAUACCAUCACAACCAAUCAAAGUCACAGAUAUUGAUAUUCGAAGCGAGCAACUGUUAAGUGAGGUUUACUAUGAGUGCAAGAAGGAUUUAUUGGCCAACUCUGGCAUAGAGGAAUCAUUUCCUGAGGACCUGGAUGUUAAGAUUCCUGCUGUCCAGAUGGAUGACAAUCCAACAGCAGAGAAACAUUGGUCGACUUCAGACGCACCCAUCCCAAAAAGUGUGAGUUUUGACUGUUUGAGCUCUAUGGACCAAUUUCAUGGGGGUGCCGCCAGACCAAAUUUUCUGGAUUUUCAGGGAAUGGUUUUUGAAACUGCCUAUGGGAUGCGGAGGGCCUUUAGUGAGGGAGAUAUACAGACUCUUGGUAAUGGGAAUACAAGCUUCAUCCACUCUCAGUUCGAGCGCCCAGUAACCAUUGGCAACUAUACCCUUGAAGAGCGCCGUCAAAGGCUUUCCAGAUAUAGGAAGAAAAAGACAAAGAGGAAUUUUGGCCGGAAAAUUAAGUAUGCAUGCAGGAAAGCCUUAGCUGACAGCCAGCCGAGAGUACGGGGAAGGUUUGCCAAGACCGAAGAUUCUGAAGUUCCGAAGAGCUAGAAAGUUUGUAAAUAUGGCACUAAGGAAUGAGGUUGCUAUUUCAUGAAGAAUAAAAGUAAAGGAAAAGAUAAUUAGCUUGCUAGGUUCCUUUAAGAUAAUGACUAUUUGCUCAAUUAGGGAGGCCUCAGAUCUUGAAACCAGCUUAUGUCUUCUUCGUUGUAAUAAUAAUCUCUUCUGUAGUUCAACCUGUUAAAGAGCUGUAAAUAUUGUUUGUUGAAUAAAGGAUGGCAAAAUUUCUACUUUGUUCCUAA